GAGGAAGAGAGGUAAUCAUGUUAUUCUCUUCCUCAUUCUGACCUUAAACCACAACCAAUCAACCAGACAGAUAUUUACGCGCCAAAACCAUUUCCGUGGACGAAACACAGUCUCUCUCUCUCUCUCUCUCUUGGUGUCUCCUAACCGCUUACUUGAGCUUUACCCUUCACACUUGAGUUUCAUGGCGGCCGCGAGCUCCUCCUUCACUCCGCACAUAAUCAGGUCCACAGUACCUGAACUUUCCAGAAACCCUAGAAACGGAGCUCCAUUUUCCGUUCGAAUCUCUUCGAGCAGUAACUACCCAACGACUCGCGAUGAGCUCGCCGAGGGCCCAUACUGUAUCUACGUCGGCCCAAUUGAAACCGCCAGCAAAGAAACCCUUGAAGCCCUCUACCGUCAAGCACGUGAUGCGUAUUACAGUGGUGACCCUUUGAUAGUUGAUGAUAUGUUUGAUAGAGUAGAGCUGAAGCUAAGAUGGUAUGGAUCGAAAUGCGUUGUGAAAUACCCUCGUUGCAGUCUGAGGCGACAGUCAACUUAUGCCGAUGCUGAGGAAGAUUUAUCACAGGUUUUUACAUUAGCAAGCAUAUGGAUCCUAUUUCUUGCUUUUGGCAGUUCAGCGUGUCUUGUGCCCAUGGUUUACACUGUCAGCCUAGCUUAUCAAGAGGCUUUUAAUCCAGGAUUUUCUUAUAUAAACCAAACGUUUGCUUUUUCCAUGCUAAAUGCGAUUCUCUUCAUGGCAUUGGGUUCUGUCAUCGGUUAUCCAAUUGCAUCAGCUUCUGUUAAAGUACUUGGAGGCUUGUGGAGGAAUAACUUGGUGGCGCUAAAAGGGGCAUGCCCAAAUUGUGGGGAGGAGGUGUUUGCAUUUGUGAAAUCCAAUCAGUCUAAUAACUCCCCACAUAGAGCAAAUUGUCAUGUAUGUGAUUGCUUGUUAGAGUUCCGUACCAAGGUUGAGAAAUCCAUUUCACCACUAGGUAGAAGAUGGGUAUAUGGCAGUAUCUAUCUGGUUUCACGAGGCAGAAGCAGAUUGCAAAGACGGCUAUAAUAUGUCUCCCAAGUCCCAAAUCCCAAUACAAAUGCAUUUCAAAGCUUAUGUACAGUAGGACAAUUCUUUCCAGUCCUCCUUUUUCCAAAUUUUAUUGUAAUAAAACUAGCUCAAUCUUACCUCAAUAGGAUCAGUUCUAUAGGUUGUCUCUCUAUGUCAAGGAAUGUAUUUCUUACAUGUUAUUGUCAUUCUUCAUUGGACAGUAAAGUAUAGAGUUCUAUAUUAUGGAAUGUUUAUUUGAGUACAA